UACUUUUACAAUUACAAAGGGAAAAAAAAAACACAAAAUGGCUACUUUUGGUUUAUUUUCAUAAACAAAUGAGCAAUGUAGAAAGUCAUCCCAGUCUUGAGCACAGAGCCUCAGACUUUGGUUUUAUUCUGAUAGUCCAAGGGCUACUAAACCAAUCAGCACUAUGCCAAAAAUGACCAUGACCAAGGCUUCUAAAGGCAACGCCAAGCAGUUCCCUGUGAAAGUCUUCACUAUGGAUGCUGAGCUGGAGUUCAAAAUUGAGCCCAAAACUACUGGUAAAGAGCUCUUUGAUUUGGUGGGCAGAACAAUUGGUCUUCGAGAAACAUGGUACUUUGGCUUGCAGUAUGUUGAUUCUAAAGGCUAUGUAGCUUGGUUAAAACUGGAUAAGAAGGUAUUGGAUCAGGGUGUAUCAAAAGAAUCUCAAAUACAGUUUACUUUUCUAGCCAAGUUUUACCCAGAAGAUGUAAUGGAGGAACUUAUUCAAGAAAUUACCCAGCAUCUGUUCUUUCUGCAGGUGAAACAAUCAAUUCUAAACAUGGAUAUUUACUGUCCGCCUGAGGCCUCAGUGUUACUGGCAGCAUUUGCUGUUCAAGCUAAAUAUGGAGACUAUGACCAGUCGACGUAUCAACCUGGGAUGUUAGCAUCGGAUGAUCUUUUACCACAGAGAGUAUUGGACCAGUACCAGAUGACCCCUGCCAUGUGGGAAGAAAAAAUUCAGUUUUGGUAUGCCAAGCGCCGUGGGAUGACUAGUGAUGAAGCAGAAAUGGAAUAUCUUAAAAUAGCACAAGAUUUGGAAAUGUACGGUGUCAACUAUUUUCAAAUAAAGAACAAAAAAAAUACAGAUCUGUGGAUUGGAGUUGAUGCCAGAGGAAUUGGAGUGUAUGACAGAGACAACAGAUUGCUGCCAAUUGUGGCAUUUCCCUGGAGUGAAAUAAAAAAUAUCUCCUUUAAAGAUAAAAAGUUCAGUAUAAAGCAUGUGAACAAGAAGGAACCGGAUUUUGUUUUCUAUGCACCGAAGCCAAGAAUUAACGAACUAAUACUAGAGCUGUGUGUUGGCAACCAUGAGUUGUUCAUGAGAAGAAGGAAGCCAGACUCCAUGGAGAUACAACAGAUGAAAGCCCAAGCUGCAGAAGAGAAAGCUAGAAAACAGAUGGACAGAUCUAGACUAGCCAAAGAGAAACAGCUGAGGGAGGAAGCACAGAGGGAGAAAGAGGAACUGGAGAGAAGGUUGAUGGCCAUGCAGGAAGAAACCAGACAAACUCAAGAAGCCUUGAUACGAUCUGAAGAAACAGCUGAACUCCUGCAUGAGAAAAUGACUGUGCUGGACGAAGAAGCGAGGCUUCUGACACAGAAGGCAGCCGAGGCUGAGGCUGAGAUGCAAAGAAUCAAACUCACAGCAAUCAAAACAGAGGAAGAGAGGCUCUAUUUAGAACAGAGAGCCAGGGAUGCUGAAAUAAUUGCCACUGCUGUGAUUGAAGAUUCAGAACGAAGAGCCACAGAGGCAGAGCAGUUGAGAGAACAAUUGAAGAGGGCACAGAUGGCUGAAAAAGCAGCAAAAAGGAAACUACUAGAGAUUGCUCAGGGAGAAUAUGCCAAUACCUUUAUGCUGCCUGUGGUGACUUCAGACUUGACCUCGCCACUACAUCUUGCGGAACCAAUGGCCUACUUGAACUCAGAGUUGUUUUCUGGAAACAUUGACCAAUUGAACUUGGAGAUGGAGAAAGAAAAGCGAGAAUAUAUCACCAAGAGUAAGACACUGCAAGAUCAGCUGCAAGAUCUCCGAGCAGAAAUAGAGGUUUUGAAAGUGAGCGAAAGGGCCAGCACUCUGGACAGGCUUCAUGAUGAAAGUAUACAGAGGGGAGACUCCAAAUACUCCACUCUUCGAAAGGUGACAGCUGAUUCUGCUAAGGCUCGAGUUGCUUUCUAUGAAAAGUUGUAGCAGAGAGUGAUGGGAUGUGUCUGUGCUUAUUAACUUCCCAGACACAAAAUUCUACUCAGGUAAAUCAGCGUAUAGUUCGAGGAAAAAUUAUGCGAAACAUUUGUAUAAGAGAAAUGUC